AUGGCACCAGAACUGAGGAAGAGGAAAUCCACUUCCGAAGCCUUAAAGAGCAGUGGAUCUGCCAAAGCCGCGGACAAACCUGCGCCCAAGGGAAAGAGAAAAGCGACUGAGGAAGCGUCGCCGGCCGCGGUUAAGAAACAAAAGCCUGUCAAGAAGACCCCCGUUGCCACCAAGCCCGGUAAAAAGCCCAACAAGGAACCGAAGCCGGCAAACGAACCCAAGCCGGCAAACGAACCCAAGCCGGCUAACGAACCCAAGCCGGGAAACAAACCCAAGCCGGCAAACGACGCCAAACCGGCAGAGAAGGCCCAAGAAGAGGAGGACGGCAAUGUCUUGCGAGUCGAUGAAUCCGACGCCUCAGACGGCGAGGACAACGACAACGUCAAAGAACUAGCUGCUGAGGUAGACUCGGAGGAUGAGGCGCCUGUCGAUCAGGGCCCGGCUUUCAAGCGCGGACAAGACGUUGGCAAAAUCCCAUCAGCGGCCAAGGAGCUGGAGAAAGCCGCGGCCAAGGCUACUGGGGAACCCGGGGUUGUGUACAUCGGGCGCAUUCCCCACGGCUUUUACGAACACGAGAUGAGACAGUACCUCUCCCAGUUCGGCACCGUCACGCGCGUUCGUCUGUCAAGGAACAAGAAGACCGGCGCCAGCAAGCACUUUGCCUUUGUCGAGUUUGAGGAAGCCAGCACUGCGGAAAUCGUCGCCAAGACCAUGGACAACUACCUGCUGUUCGGCCACAUCCUCAAGUGCAAGACGAUUCCCAAGGAGCGGGUGCACGAGGAUCUGUUCAAGGGGGCGAACAGACGGUUCAAGGCGGUCCCGAGGAACAAGAUGGAAGGUCUGAAGCUGCAGAAGCCACGCAGUGAGUCCGCCUGGAAGCUCAAAGCUUCCAGCGAGAAGGGCAGGAGAGCAAAACAAGCCGCCAAGUACAAGGACAUGGGCUACGAAUACGAUGCGUUUGAUCUGAAAGACGUGCCGGCGCCGCACAAUGGCGAAAAUGGCCAAGAGGGACCCGAGGAGCUCAAAGCCAUCGAGGCAGCCCCGUCUGAUGACGGGGCAGCUAAACCCGAGGCCAGUAUCCGUGCAUGCGACAAGCCAUUGACGCAAGAACCGGAGACGGAGGCUGUGUCUGCUCCCGCCGCCGCUGCCAAGACAAAGACGAGCAAGACUGGCAAGGGCAAAGGCAAGAAGGCAAAGGUUUGA